AACGCUCCUUCGUAGACAACCAAUCGAUGCACGCGUUAAAACUGCCAAUAGAAAUUACAUAACAUUUUCCAAUCAGCGUGGCCGGUUCUUGGGAUUGUCAGGAAGUAAUGCUGUCGUCUUGCUGUUAGGGGAAGAAGAGUUUAUUAUGCAGUUUAAUGCUGUAGCUGCCAGUGUAGAGCUGUGGUUUUUUUUUUAUAUUAGAAACCACAUUUUUCAGUCGUAAUCUAAUUUCUUAAUACAUUGUGAAUUUAAGAAUUUUUAGAGUUACAUUUAUAAGAAAUGAAACUUGUAAGCGCUAUAUUUAAUGGUUUCUUAGUGCUAUUAGUAGCCAUAGGCAUUAGAGAUGUAUUCUUCGUGUAUGAAAUGAACAGCUGCAGUAUGACCUAUAUGUUCGAGUAUCCAGAGUAUCAGAAAAUAAAGCUUCCCCAAAGAGUAUCCAGAUUAUUUCCGGCAUAUGAACUGUAUCUGUAUGGUGAAGGUAUUUAUGCAGAAAAAAACAAAAAUCUGUCCUUAAGUGGAAUUCCAGUUUUGUUUCUUCCUGGAAAUGCUGGUAGUUACAAGCAAGUUCGUUCUUUUGGUUCAAUUGCCCUUCGAAAAGCUGAGAACAUUAAUUAUAGUUAUCACUUCAAUGUUUUCAGUGUGAAUUUCAAUGAAGAACUUGUUGCACUUUACGGUGGCAGUUUACACAAGCAAACCAAGUUUGUCCAUACUUGUAUUAAAGCAAUACUACGCCUUUAUAAGAAUCAAGAAUUCCCCCCCCAAAGUGUUGUAAUCCUUGGACAUUCAAUGGCUGGCCUGGUUGCAAGAGCUUUGCUUACGCUAAAGAAUUUUAAGCCUCAACUGAUAAACCUCAUUAUAACACAAGCUACACCUCAUAUUAUGCCUGUGUUGCCGGUAGAUUAUUAUCUCACUGAUUUUUAUGCCUUAGUGAACAGUUACUGGAUAUUGAAUGCAAAUAAACUUCAAAACAUAACCACACUGUCUGUUGCCGGGGGAUUUCGAGAUUUCCAAGUUCGUUCGGGAUUGACAUUUUUGCCAGCCUCAAACAUUCAUAAUAGUGUGUUGUCUGUUGUGAGCACGGCAGUUCCAAGGACAUGGGCAGCGACAGAUCAUCUUUCUAUAGUGUGGUGCAGAGAAUUGAAUCUAGCUACUGCAAGAGCUUUGUUUGACCUUAUUGAUGAAAAUACAAGACAGAUAACAGAAGACCCCAUUAAAAGAAUGUCGAUUUUACAACAUCACUUUGUAAAACAUGCAGCAAAGCUCUAUGAAUCAUCAUAUGAAACUGUCAUAAAUAUUUCAGAGUCGGCAUCACUGAAUUAUGUCAAAACAACAAAAUGGGGACACACAGUUAUCAAUGCUUGCAAUGAAACAUAUUUUGCAUUUCCUCUUCAAGAUAAAAGAAAAACAUAUACUCAUUUUCACUGUCGAAACACAUUCUUGUACACUCACAGUUGGAUCUUUGGCUGUGCUGAUAAAGUUUCUGCUAAAUGUGUACAAAUUGAAGACUUUUCAUGGAGAACUGAUCUGCUAUCUACUGCAAAGAUUGUCACCUUAAAUAUGGAAGAAUUCUCAAAUUUUUCACAUUUUGUGCUCUAUCUGCCUACAACCAAUAACAGUAAGUUUUCGGUGGAGUGUGAAUUCUUAAACGAAGAUUUGAACACCAUGCAAUUGCCUGUAACACAUGCAUUGUCAUUUGGUUUUUCAUCAAGCCACAUAAAGAUAAAUUCUUCAGGACUGCUUCAUAUUUUACAACUUCAAGGAUUCAACAAGAUAUACCAAGCUUUUAACAUCUUGAUUAAGAAGAACUGUACUGAAUCGAUAGAAAGCAAACCUAACAUUUUCAGAUUGCAUGUACCAUGGUCACAUGAGGAUAUCAUUAGAAUAUCAAGUGAUGAACUACCUCUGCAGCUCUCUGCCAAGCUUCAUGUGCCACAACCACAAAAUGACAGUAGGAUGGUAAUGUUAACUCUCUAUACAUCUGCAGAUUGUUAUUAUGAGGUGACAAUCUCUACCUCAUUCCUUCAAAUGCUUGGACAGAUCGUCAGAUGUCAUUGGCCAUCCCUUCAAGUUUAUAUUUUAUCUAACCUGCUUCUUGCAUAUGGAGCACAGUUGCAUUAUCUGUCAAGCACAGGGCACUGUUUAGAAUUUGAUGCAUCACUGGAUGUAGCAGCGAAGCCAUACAAAGUUGAUCCCAUUAUAAAUAUUUGCAGAUUCCUAUUAGGUUAUGACUGGUUUAAACAUAUUUGGGACACCUUAUUCCUGCCACCGCUUGAUUCAUCAGAGUUACAUUCUUUGGGUCUAUUGUUUCCAGUGGCAUCUUUACUUCUUUUCAUGUUUGGAACUGGAAUAGCAUAUUGGAGUGGAAUGAUUUUCAAGUUAACAAUCAAAAUAUUAUCAAGACUAUGGAUAGCAUUAACAAGAAGCACUGAUCUACCAAAGGAAGAUGCACAAUUUACAUUUAAACUAUUUGCAGAAAUCUUCUUCUUCUUUUUUGUUUCUUGGACAACUUGUGGUGCCUUUGGAACUUUACUUGUAUUUCUGCGCUAUUUGAUUAAGGUUGUGAAGUUGCAAUCUGUUCUAAAGAGAUACCCAACAUCGGAAUGUGGCGUUCAAAGUACAUCUGACAGUAAAGCAACAAAUAUUCUAACAAGUAACAGCUCUAGUAAAACAACAGAAGUGGAUAACGCCAUCCCAGCUUCAGAGCAGGAAACUGCAAUUAAACCAAAUUCCAAUUCAGAUUCCAACACAGCUGCUGAUAGCCUCAAAAUGCAUAUAACAAUCAUGAACUUACUUUUGUGGAUGAUUCUACUCAUAUUACCAUCCUUUAUCUACUGGUUAAAAAAUAUCAGGUAUAACUUUCAACUGGACCCUGAUCCAAUGAAAUUUUUGGCUAUUAUACUUGUCUUUACAAUGGAAAUGUUGAUGAACUUCAGUAUAUUAUCAAUAAAAGCCAGCAAGCUCCUGAAGACAACAGCCCGCCUUCAGCUUCCUUUUUCAGUCAUAGUUGUGGCCUUUGGACAGCUACAUUUAUACAGAGCUGCUUAUUUUAUUACAUUCUCUCUUUUUGUACAUGCACUGUCCAACUUCAUAUAGCUCUUUGAAAAUGGUAGAACAAUUUUUUUUAAAUGUAAUCCUGAAGCCACUUUGAACUUACAGUACUUGUUGGUCUUUGGAACCUAAAUGUAUGUUCACUAAAAUUUACUUAAACCUGAUUCUUUACAAAAUAAUAAAUAUUUUUGUUAAUUAAUUAUUGAAAAUAAAUCAUUUUGUGAAAUGAGUAUCAUUAUUAAAGAACUUGAAUGUACACGUAAUAUUGUGUAUAUAAAAUGUGUUUAAAUA